AUGCGCCGGGCGCUGCUCUCGGGCUCCUCUUUCCCCGCUACCGCCCGCGACUUCAAGGAAGAGACGCUAAUGAAAAGCAGCUGCUCGGAAUACCAGAAAGAUGAUGAAUGCGCGUUAAGUCCCCUUAACAAAACCAGACAGAUAUGCCUCUGUACGGCAGCCCGCGCAGGCAUCGCGAGCUCAUCGCAGGAACGCGGCCCGGGGAAAGAGCCGAAACAAGCCCAGGUUUUUCAGAAACAUCUCAUUUAUUUUCGGGACCGACGCGCGUUAACGCCGAGCGUAUGGCGGCAGCGCCCAUGGGGGAAGCUGUUUGGGUGCCUCAGCCCAACUUCCACACCCUGCGGGGUGCUCGGGUGGCUUUUAAAGGUUCGCCUCGAGCCUCGAAUUCCUGGGGCUGAGCUGCCGGCUGCGGGGUGGCUGCAACCUCGCGGGACGGUUUCUCCCCUUUGCCAAUGCGGAUGCUCCCCACACGAGCCGCAGUGGAGGAAGAGGAGGAUGCACGGGGGCGAUUUGGAGGCUCUGGAUGCGGCGAGGCCAUUUCGCAGCCAGAGGUUGAGCGGUUUCACCUGUUUCUGCUCUACAAGAUGCUCAAGAGGAUGGGAUGGAUCCGGCACAGAGGCAUUGGGGUUCAUGGCCGCGCACAAGGCCCGAGCUUUUCCUUUCCAUCCCCUCCUUGGCACCUUCAUGGUCACUGUUUGGGGUGAUUACGGUCCCCACGCUCUCCGGGAGCUUCAGGUUUCGCUCUCUCAACGCCUGUAUCCCACUGAUCCCCCAUUCCCAUUGCUCCGGCACAGCCACGGAGAAAAUUGGGCUAAAACACCCCAAAGAGCACCGCUGCCGCCAGACCCGCUGAAUUCCUCUGCCGGCUUAGAGCAGCCUGGCAACGCUGCGCCAAAAAACGCCACCCUCAGCCACCGGGCGCUUUUGGGAAGCUGCCAGAAAACGAUACCGGGGGCAGCAACGCCCCCCGUGAUACCAGAGCAAAUCAACCUGAAUAAACACCGAGAGCAAACCGGUGCUUCGCUGCCUGCCCGCUUUGCGUGGGGACGGGCGCGUUGUCACCCAGCUUGGGCACACGACGGCGUUGCCUUGCCGGAUUUCUAA